AAACAUAUGAACAAAACUACAAGACUCUGUCUUUAUAUCACAUAGUCAAAUCAAAUUUUUAUAGACGAUUCCAAAACACACAGCCAUUGGAGUACUGCUCCCAUUAAGUACCUACGUGGUAAAAGUACAAAGCCUUCCAUAUACAAAACCAUACAGCGAGGGUGCUGUAAAAAAAUCUGUCAAAACUCAAGGUAAGUAUUUUUGUAGAGGAAAAUGAAUCGACAAACUAACAACCUUAACAAUUAUUCAUGAACCGAAGUGGAGGUCACGAUACUGCAAGGAUAUUCACCGAAAUGCGAAACGUUAUAAUGAUAAAUUGUUUGAGAACAUGCCACAACAAAAAAAUGACCAAAAAAAUGACCAAAAAAAGAACGAAUUCAUUUUAGAACACUUUUUUCAGCUACCGUAAUAGUUGUAAACAAAACAGCAUUUAAUUAAACGUUUUUAUCAAUCAAACAAAACUUUGUGGCUUUCUUGAUGUUUGGCGAAACCCCAUGUGCUUCGUUCAGCACAAAAAUUUGCUCGUCUGUAACCGCGAAACAAAAUUAACGGGAAGGCCAUUUGGUUUUUGUCCGGAGGGGCUUGAGCUACCAAUCAAAUUGCGCGAAAAUCACUAUCCACCUCCCGAGUAAUUACUAACAUGUAUUACUGCUAUUUCAUUUAAGGUUGUCACAAGCAUUAUAAUCCAAGCGCCAAAUAUAGUCGGAAUAAGAUAUUUUAUAGAGUGAAAUGUACUAUAAAUCAUAUACCCUGGGAGUAGCCCAAACAAAAACGAGGAUAUGCAUGGCCAAUAGGCUAUACAGCUAAAAAUGCUAAAAUUUGUUAUGUCUAUCUUGCUGUUCACGCUUGGCAAUCGUUUGAAAAAUAGUAACGUAACAUAUACAAUCUGGUUUAGGAUGGUGUGAUUUAAGAAAUAUUGAAGUCUGUUGUGGUAAGUGCAUGUAAAGUAUUUGCUUUAUUAUAAGCAUUGGCGUACGGGGCUGAGAUACUUUCCGUUGCUUGAAAGUUUGCCCAAAUUUUUAUGGAGAAUUGUAAUUAUAAAUUAUCUGAACUUAACUUAUUCCCUAAUAAAUUUGCCCGAAUUUCCAUGGUUUUCCAAAAUGUUUGAGGGGCAGUUGCCGCCCCCUCCCCCUGUAUUUCUCCUGUAUUAUUAUAUGUUCGGUUUCUUUCUUUUGCGGUUUUAUCCAAUAAUUUACAUUAUAAAAAGAAGGAACGACGGACACAGUAUAGUAUACUGAUUAUUCAAAUUCUUUUUUCUACGUCUCAAAUUUUAGAAUCAUAUGUAAAUGCUAGCCUCGUGAGUAAUCACAACAGAACAAGUUUGUCUUGGACAAUGUAUUAUCCUCCAAGUUUGAAUGUCACUGUUGAUGCUUUCAUUAUCGAAUGGAUAAGUCUACCUCUUGGAAUCUGUAAGGAAAACUUCGUCGUCUUAGAUUCAGUAAGCUACAUACAGUUACAUUUCUAUACUAUACCUGGAAUCCUAGACAUAGUCAUCAGGAGAAAACUAUGGCCGUGGAAAUUUGUUAUUGCCUGACUCUGACUAAUUGAAUUUUAAGAAUCUGGAACUAUAAGUCAAAUUGGCGCUCUUUUUAAAUUAUUGUAUUGUUUUUUUUACGCUCUGCCGGCAAUGGGGGGGGGGAGGGGGAGCUUGCGGUUGUAAUUUUAGAUUUGUUGCAAUUCGAUACAAAUCGUGGAAGAGGGGCUGCGUGGAAAAUUGUCAACAUACAGUGUUAAGAUUCUUAUGCGCAUCUACUCAUAUACAAUCUACUGAACGUUGUUCUAAUAUGAAUCUCUUUGUGAAUAUGUGUCCCACUGAAUUAAAUUGUCAUGCAACUAUUCUGAAAUCAAUACUUAAUACUUUUAAAAUGUGAUUUAAUAUCUUUUUAUUUUUCUUUCAAGUUCGUUCACACUGCAUGCAGAGAGUGUCGUUUUAAAAACCCAAAAUUCAAGUUUUAUUCCGAGGGUAGCAUUCCCCCGAAUCGUUCUUUAAUUCUGACAAAGAGAUUAAUAUGUUGCCCCCUCAAAACAUAAUCCAGGUAGCGCACGGACUGGAGAACGUAAAAUUCCCUCCAAAAAAAGAAGCCGAAAAUGAUUUUUUUCACUCAAGUAUUAUACAUCCAGUUAGCAAAUGCAAAAACAUCUGGGGAAACAGUUUUCUUUUGCGAAUAUUGCACAAGUUUUGGAAAACAAAAAAAAGAUCACUUUCGACACAAAAACCUAAAACCUUUUGACCAUCUUAAUUUCUUGUUUUGUACUAAAAAACAGGGAUUGUUAUUGUUUGAAAAUUUAUAUUUUUAUUCUAGACACGAUCAAACUACACAUUUCCAAAUCUGACAUAUAAAUGUGGACGAAAUUACACGAUCCAAGUAUGUGCAUUUGUAAUUUCUAUGGAUUGAUUUAGUCCAUCUUGAUGGAUUGGUCUGAGAUAUAUUUAGAUAUUUUUAUUCCUCAAUUUGCUUUAAAAAAUAUAAUAAUGAUUUGCUCGUCGCGUUUAAAGAAUCGAUUUCGGGUCUCAAAAUAGAAUUCAACCAGUUUUCCUCUUUGUUCUCUGGUAAGUGGUACACUCGUACGAUUUGUCUUAUACACUCAUCAAAACAAAUUGCAAGCAUACUGUAUAUCUUCAAUAUCCAAAAAAGAAGGAGUUCUGACUAAUCGAAAAACGUAGCAACUCUCUUUCUUAUUUUGGGCCACCUUUCUGUAUUAAUGCAUGGUUAGGAUGAUAUGAUCGUUAUUUUAUCUAGUACAAAAGUAUCAAAUUAUAUUAAAUUUGACAUAGUAAUUCAACGAAACGAGUCGUUAUUAAGGGACACUUUGCUAUAUUUGCUUUUUAGCUGGUAGUGAGGUAUGCUAGUUACGCUGGUGAUGUUGGGUGUGACAAGUCACAACCUGAAGUAUUAUUCUACACUCCACCAGGUAUUUCCAUCACAUAUUUUGGCACGUUUUACAGGCGUAAACUGUACCUGAUUUAAGGUAGGGCAAACAUAUAUACAUGCAUAAAAACUUGUUACAAGUGGUGAACAGUUUGUUCCAAACUUGUUACAACAACCAGGAACAAGCAGCGCGAGCACAAAGCUUGUGAACAGAGUUGGAUAACAACUUCUUUGCAGACAUGUAGCAACAUGUGCGUUUUACCGUGUAAGGGACAUUUUCCAAGAUAACAUCUCAUUCUCGUUCCUGGACUUUUGUGGCACGGUUUUAAGAACAGUUUCCGAAUUGUAUGAAAUAUGGUAAAAAACAUCCAUAUGUCAAGAGCGAUGCAUUGUUGAAUCACUGACCCCGAUCUGUCAUUAUAUAUUAAAAAAAUAACGAAAAAAUAAAUUAAACCCACUGUAAACUAUUGUUGGAGAAUGGUUCGUGGUGAAGUGACUCAACUAUAAUACAAUAAUUAUUGUUAUACUCUAAAACAAUGGUCAACGCAACACAAGAUCUUGUGUUGUCAUCGUGUGUGGGUUUACAUAAGAUCCGCCAGAAGAGACUAAAAAGGGUACAGACCUCCUCUGACAAAGACCAGAACCAAGGGGUAAUAAUUCCCUUGGACAGUAUCUACGAUUCGACUUAUUAUGUUUGCAUUAAAUAGCCUGAGGCUAUGGGCAUUUGGCCAUUGAGAACACUUCAACCCCAAAAGCCAAAAUCAAUUUACAACAUGAAGCAAUUUAAAUAUUUACAUGCAUAUAAUGAUAAUGUUCAAUAAGAAAAUUGUUUGGUUGUCCUUCUUGCAUACUAGUCCUCGCAUAACAUCAGUUAAUACAUUCCACCAGACCAAUUAGCCAUUUAAUCACAACACGUAACUUGAAUGUGUGGGUGCAGGGUGAAUGGGUUUGGGUGAAAAUUUUCUUUCUCGUUAAUUAAACAAGACAUGCUUCAUCGUUUGGACAUUUGUUAAGUGAAAACCCUUCCCAUCGACCAUUGCUUUGCAUGUUCGUUGUCGUCAUUCAGUUCAUAUUUUAUUCGGUUCGCACGUGCCCAAAAAUAUUUGAACUUUGUACGUUGGAAUAUUUUCUUCUUGAGAAGCCUGCCUUGUUUCUAUGGGAUUGUAACCACAUUUGAAGGAGACCAACUGAAUGUUUCAUUAAUAUUAAUAUAAUUAUUGUUAUAUAUUGCUUUACAGUUCUUGCGUGUGUUGUUAUUAUAAGUUUUCUUUGUUUUGCUUUGAUGAUCGAAUAAAAUUGAGAGAUUUUUUGUAAAAAAUGAAUUUAAAAGAUUUAUUACAAAUAAGAGUAAAAAAUACAGAAAGAUUUAUUGAUAGAUGUCGAGAACAAAUUACUCAAGAAACACAAUCCGGAAAACGCACUUACCUAAAAGACGCGAAAAGUGACAUGAGCCAAGGUUGUGAAGCCAUGUUGGGAAACGUCUGUUAAUUAGCUUUAUAAAAUUUCGUGACCACGCCUUAUUAAACGUUGAUCAUGUGUUCUUUUUUGUAAUUAAGGAUGACAAAGACUUUCGUAUUAUAACAUUUUGCAUGGAAAGGGCCAGGGUAGGGCCGUACCUAGUAAAGGACGGGCACCCCAAACGUCAAGUAAGAGGCCCAACUUCCCAGAGGGGCCCCCGAAAUGCUAAAAUUGCGGAACGUGUUAAAUAUUAAGAAAUAUUGUGAAAAAUUGAGGUCCAAAUAGUUCUGAUAAACGUAUUUUUAAAUACUGUUUAAUAAACGAGCAGGAGUGUUUUAUUAGGUUAAAAGUCACGAGCGCGCAGCGCGAGUUGCUUUAAACCUAAUAAAACAAGACCUCUAAGUUUAUUAAACGGCUUCAAACACGACUACAAAUUCAAUAGAUAUACCGCCUUAUUAGUAUUCUUUAUAUAAAGAAUACUAAUGAAGACUCGAUUACAAUAGAUACUGCCUUAAUAGUAUUCUUUAUUUAAAUAAUACUAAUUAGGAGUGUUUUAUCAUGUAUAAAGCCACUGCACGUGACAUAUUAUGGUUGACAUGAUUUGCCAAUAAGCUUAUGCAUUAUUAAUGAAUGUUUGAACCCCCCAUUAUCCCAAAAAUGGAGGGUUAAAAAUGUUUGAUCGACAAAUACUAGGGGAAAAAUACAAGACUGAAGAUACCAAGUCUACCUGAACGGUGCAAAAAUAAUGAAUUUAUGCCUUUGCAAUUGUUUUUGAAUUUUAAUAAUAAUUUUAUAUCAAAGAAGAAAAAUGUAUAACAACUCCAACUGCUAUUUCUCUCUUUAGUACAUGGCACCCUAACGUUCUUUUUAUUGACAUAAUGCUAUCAUCUUAUUUUGAAGUUCCAACGCCGAAGCCAACAUUGCCGAACCAACCACCGCCGAAGCAACCAUCUAAAGCACUGACAACAGCCGGCUUCACAAUAGCUGCCAUUCUUGGAGGAAUUGUUAUCGUGUCUUUGAUAUAUUUGUGGAAGAAACGCAAAGGUAAAAAGUGCAUAUUAUUCGCCUCGUGCAUGAUCAUUCAUGCUCGCUUGAUCAGUGUAGCCAGACUAAUUUGCACGACAAAUUUCGGAAGGUUUUUAUAACUGAAUGUAAUAUUUUCUCAAUGUGAAUCCUGUACGUACAUCAGUCAAAAACGUAUUACUCAGUCUCUUUCCAAUCAAUUUAAUGUGGGCGAGUAGUAUAUUACAUGCGAAUAAAUUGAGUAAAUAUUGAUAAAAGAUGCUUUAUGGCCAUAAAAAGGCCUCUCUAUUAUUUAUCACUUAUAAUAAGUAAUACAUAUAUUUGUAUAAGCACUAGAAGGCUCAUACCUUAAAUUUUAUAUAAAGUCGAUCAAUACUUUUUAGGCGAUCUCGAUGAAGAAACAGCACUUGGAAUGGCGAAUAAAAAGAUUCAGGAUUCACGAAUUGCAUCAUCAAGCUAUUGGACCGGAUUACCAGCACAAGAAGGGAGACUGAAUGGCGCUACCGCCUGGUCUGCAAAUGAAAACGAUAAGAAUCAAUGGAUUCAAGUUGAUCUUGGCAAAGAGAAAGUUGUCACAGCAAUUGCCACUCAAGGUCGAAAAAAUGCAGACCAAUGGGUGGGAUCGUAUUUUGUGUCUUACAGUUUGGAUAGAGAGAAAUUUGAGCGUUACCAACUUAAUGGAGAAGACGAGGUAAUAAAGUUGAGAAUUGUUGAGAAUCGUUUUAAAAAAAUUGAAAAUACUGUAGUUCGAUCUAAUUUUGGAGGAUGACGAAAGAUAACAUACAAUGAUUAAACAACGCUAUUGAGCAGGGUUUCUUUUAAGAUUUUGUCAGUGGAAAAGCUAUCGAGAGAAGAGGAUCCAACAAGGAAUUGCUGUGCGUAAGAUCUUGGAGUCUGGGUCUGGCCCAUCCCUCAAAUAAUGGUUUUGAGCCUUGCAGACUUGAUUAAUUAAUAUUUUGUAUUAAACAACUUUUUGUAUUUUUCAUCCUCUAAAAUAUAGACGAAGGGUUUGGCAUGGGAAUACUAACUAAAUCACUCUUUUUGCUUAAGUUAUUCUUCCGUUAAUUUUAAAUGGGUCACGGGCGAGGCCAAUGUUGGCGCUGGGGGAACUUGCCCCAGACUAUCUGAAGUUUUAUUAGACCAUGUAUUUGAUUAGUUAGUUUCUUAAAUUUGGCCUCGUGUUACCGAUCUUUGCAAUGCCACUAAACAUUUUUCUGCGCAGAUGUUCAGUGGAAAUGAUGACAAGAAUACUGUGGUCACGAAUGUGUUAUCGCCACAAAUAAAUGCCCGUUACAUCCGCAUACAUCCCCAAUCAUGGUGCAAUCAUAUAUCCAUGAGGAUGGAACUUUAUGGCCGCAGUGCGUUGAACUGGUCAGAAGGUACUGUAAACUUGGAGCUCGAGACUAUAUACAAGGUGUCUAAAAAACCGCAGACUGCCGUGCAUCAUGAACGUGGCUAAACAAAUCAAUUUUUAUAUAAGACGAAAGAACGGUUAUUUAGCUUUACAAUGAUACUCUUUUUAAAUCGUAACGAUGAGAAAUGGCCAGACACUCGCCAAAUAAAUAUUUUCGGUCGAAAUCACAUUGUUCCACCGUUGGGAAUUCCAUGCCCAUGGAAAACAAAACACAUGCAGGCAAUUCCCAAGAGGGAAUUAAAGCAGUUGAAUGUUAAAUUACCUAAAAUGAGCUCAACUCCUCAAUCUUCGUCUUAGUGGGACAAUAAGAACCUAAUUAUUGCAUAUAAACAUGGUUCAAUUAACCACUCAACAGAGAACAUUCGUAACAAGACGUUUUACGAAACAAAUACCAUCGGCAACAGGCUCGCGUUGCUUUUGGAUCGAUUAGUUUUGCAUAAUUAAUUUUUUUUCAAUUCCCAAUGGUGGAAGAAUGUGAUUUCGACCGACAAUUUUCAUUUGACGAGUAUGUGGCCAUUUCGCAUCGUUACAGUUUACGAAAGGUAUCAUAGGAAAGCUAAAUAACAGUUUUUUGUCCUAUGUAAAAAAUGAAUUUUUUAGCUGAGUCUAUGAUGCACAACAACCUGUUAAAUUUCCAUAGAUGUUUGUUAGACACCCUGUACAUCCGCCGGCGAAAUUAAGUCAUGUAUCAUGAAUAAGUUUUAUAUAAUAACCUUAAGAAUUUAUUCGAUUUCAUUGGUAGCGAGCCAUGAUCUAUUAGAGGACAGACGCACGGAAUUACGUCAUAAGUUUUUAAAAUGUCGAAAAUAUUUGAAUUUAUACAAAUUGAAUGAAUUCGUGCAAUUAAAUCUAUGAAACAACAAUAAAUAUCUUCGAUAAAUGUGCAAAAAUCACUCACAAAAGCUAGCAACUCGGCAAAUCUCAACUCAGUCAUUCAGCUGCGACUUCAAAAUCCAAUCUUCGAAAACAAAUACUAUUUCGGUCAUUUGACCCUGUCAAUGUUUCGUUUUCCAGCUGAUUUCUUCACGUCGUGCAACAUAGGCAAUGUUUAAGUGCUUUUUAAUUGCCAUAGUCGCUCAGAAUAAAAUAAUUGCCUUUUAUCACAGGUUUUUAUCCUUUAAAACAAUGUUUUUUCACUGUUUUGAUAAAUUUGUAGUUUUUCCUUAUUCAUUACCGUCUAGCGCAUUCUAAGCUUAGCCAAUCAGAAUUCAGCACGUGACUUAAGCGAGCCAAUAGCAUUUCGUUAUUUGUAUAGAUCAUGUACUGGUAAAAUUUGCAAAAUUUCGACUUCCAAAUGUUUGGGGGAAUAAAAAUAAGCUGUUUUCUGUUUAAUUCGCCCAGGCGGCUGGUGGACAGUUUUUUGUUCUUACCACAUAUGAUGUCAUACUGUGUGUCUAUAACUGAACAGACAACGGGAAAAUGUAAUCUAUUUGUUAAGUAGAUAAGAUGCAAUAAGAUUACAAUUUGAGUUUAAAUUGAAAAAAGAAAGUCUUACUGUGGUCUAUACAUUGGACAUAAAAUAUAUUAUUAACAUGAGGCUUAGAAAAGCUUCGUUCUUAAACAUUUUGAAUUCAAAUUUAACCAAAACUUAAUCAACUUGCCAUUGGAGAAUGUCCAUUAGUUCCACAAAGAUUUGCGGAAGAAACCUCCUGGCGGAUUUAACAACAUUAACUAAACGUCUGGAUAAAACAUUGACUUGCCUUAGCUAUGCGCAUGUUGUAUAACUCCCUAUCCAUAAUUACGUCACAAGUCUUCGCUUGAGCAGGAAAUCUCCUUCUCGUUAGUUGUCAGCGAAUUGAAUUUUGAUAGGCUUCCAAGCCAAGGAGCGAUUCAUGUGGUAAUUGCAACUUCUGGAUUGAACCCUAGUGAUUGAAGUAAAAGUGAGUCAAUUGGGAAAUUUUUGAAUUCCAAAACCCAUUAGUUUAUAGAAUAUAUAAACCAAUAUUCCGAAGAUUUCGGAUUCAUUGGUCAAUCAUGGCUUUAGCCAAUCAUGGCUUUUAUUCCUUCUGCAUAUCAAUUUUCAACAUCUAAUAUUGUGCAGUAUAUGACCAUGAACUCUUUACAUUUUACUUGUUUAAUUUUCCUCCAUUACAUUUGAUUACUUAAAAUAGCAAUGAUAAAAAAGAAAUAAAUUGACAAUAGAUAUCUUUUAAAUUAGCUUUUAAUGACUUGGGCUUUUUAUUUCCAAAAAUUAAUAUGAAUUAAUCUUUCCAUAUAAUUUUUCAGAGAACGUGAAAGUUUUUAUUUUGAAUCCAAAUCACUGUGAACUCUGUACCGGAGUUGUGCAAACGCUGGCAGGAUUACUGAUGGAAACAGGUCAUAUACGUUGUGAGGUUGACAUUUUUGCUCCCAUGCGAGAGAAGUGUCAAGGAUUGGCACGUUAUACACAAGAAAUGAUCUCCAAAUGUGAUUACGUCAUAAUUCCAUGGAUGUGCGAAAUAAAUCAACCAAAAGAAAGUAAGAUGUUUUUUAAUUCCUUAAACAAAAGGACAAAUCAGACUCCGAGAAAAAGUUUUUCCCAGAUUUCAAGAUUUCGGAAAACAAGAAGAAACACUAACAACUUUCAAAGCAAUACUUCAAAUGUAGAAUUUGCUAUAAAUUAGAAAUAGUACUCCAAUUACUAAUUUUUCGUCUCCUCUUGUGUGCGUCAAAUCUUGAGUUUCAACUUGGAAGCCGGCUUUAUUCGUAGUUCAUUCUGCCCUUUGGCUUUAUUUUACAAGGUCUGAAAUAUUUGAUUAAAAUUUUUUGAGUAUUUUAGUUCAGUAGAUACAAUCCACUCACUCUUUAACUUGCACUAUUUUUUAGUAAUCCCUCGCAGGGAGAACUUAGUAGCGUGUAUAAUGCCGUGUAUAAAAACUAUCCACAGGCAGGGUGGCCUGGUCGGCGAGAGGGAAAGGAAGACGGAAUUUCGUGAAGAAGCACACUUCUAUUCUGGCCAUUCUGUUAUGUUUUUACAUACUUGUGUUUUUGUCUGUCAGCUACUCCCCUCUUGCCCAUCGUGGUAAAGAGCAAGAUCCAGCUGCUCCUCCUGCCUCUACCCACAAUUUCGAGUUUCCAGACUCUCCGUGUAACAUACGCAGUCCCAAUGAAAUGCUAUAUGUUUGUUUUUUGCUGUGAUAUGGCGGAAGUUAUUUAUGAAAUAUUUAUAUUUCCUAUAUUUCUUUACAGACACAUGUAAAAACAUGAAUACUCUAAUCUUUCUUUCAUCGUUGGAUAUUAUUCACGGAGAACUGCUUCGAAAUCGAAAUAAAAGGGAUAAAUUUGUUCCCGUGUGCUUGGAUCACUGUCCUUUGGAUAUAAUUCCUCCGGAGGAAGUACUUCUACAAAUCUACAAUAUUCCAUCCAAGAUAGAUGACUUGGUCAUAGAACUGUUAGGGAAAACACGACGACCUGAACCUAACACAAUUUUGGAAUUUGACGAUGAAGAAUAUAUUACGGCAAGAAGGAAACUAACGCAAGCUAUCAACAAAAUGGAAAAGAAUCAUCCCACACAUUACGCAAAAGAACUCUGGUAGGGUUACUAACGCAAAAGAACUCUGGUAGGGUUACUGCUAAAGUUGCUUGAAAUCAGGUUGUUAUUUGCGUAAAUACAAUAUGAUUAAUCGUGGUGUUGAGGAUAUCAAACUUGUAUAGAUAGAAAAAAGAAAGAGAAAAAUUUUAUUUUGACACGCUAACUCAAUUAAAACUAUUGAUUACGUGAAAGCAUGUGUUCAAAAGUUAUUAUACAAAAAUGUUCUUAUGGUAUAUAAUACAAUGAAAGAAAUAAUGUAACUGUUCCAAUUUACAAAAUUACAUUAUUUAUUAUUAAAAAUUUUCCACCCCGAUUGGUUACCAUUCAGGUGAUUAUAACGCGAUAAUCACCUAAGCGAUUUUCGAAAUGGCGGCCGAAGCCGUUUUGUCAAUUAAAUGACGGAGAGACAUGAGCAGCAAUGUUUCUUUCAAAUAUAGAAGUUAAUAAAACGUAUGUUACCGUGAAUGCAGUAGCAUCUUUGUUAUCUAGUAUGCACCGCUACUGUUACAAAUUUUUCUGACACUGAAACUAAUCUGAAAAUUUAACUUUUGAGUUUAGGUACGCUGAUUUUAAAUAUGAAAGAAUUUUUAGCUAGCUCCCUAAGUGCAGUUCUCUAAAAUUUUAUGGUUUUGGGGUACUCUUCGCUGUUAACCAAAUUUAUAUUGAAUACACUUAAGAGAGGACAAUGUGAUCAUUCCCAGGAAAGUAUAGAAGCUGUGUGCUGUUCAUAUAUUAACAAAUAAAAGCAUUGUUAGUAUUGCCAUGGCAAACAUGUCGUUCGAUCCAUAUCGUUUUAUCUAACCUCAGAAUGAACUGACAAUAUUUUUUCCUUCGGUGAAAUUUUCUUUGAUGAUUUUAACAUAUCAAAAUUUGAAGGAAGGUUGUAGGAUAAGUUUUUGCGAUAUUAUUGAAUGACAAUUGCAGAAAAACUUAUCUGUACAAUUUCUUGAAAUUUCGAUAUGUUUUACAACUCAUCGUGUUUAGCAAAUGUGCACUGCGGAAAAACGUCUGCGCAUGCGUCAACCUCACUGAUAUUUGCCUUGCCAACGUGGUGUCAAGUAUUCCGAAAGUUGUCAAAUUACUCAAAACGGAAGCGACAAGGAGCGACUUCGAUGUUUUGCCUUUUCUGUGAAAAUGCAAGCGGAAUAAUGAAUAGGACAACCUAUAAACUAGAAAUAGUUACAGUCUGCAUGUGCAAGAAGUAGUAUUAUGCAAGAAAAUGAACCAAAGGUCACUAUGGAUAAAUUUAUUGUAUAAAACGUUCUUUAACUGAACUAUACAACUAUAUUUUUCGUAGGUUCAUAUGAUUCACAAUUUUCUUAAUAACUUUUUUGCGUAGCAUGUACAAUUUUUGCGUUGACUAAAUUUAAGGAUAAUGAUUUACUCUACAAUAUAAUCGUGUGCUUAACAAUUUGAUAGUUUUCAUAACUUUUCUGUCUUAAGUUCGGUACUCGACAAUUUUUAAUGUUCACGCGCCUCCCGGUCUAAAACGAUCAUUUUUAAUUUAAUUUUUUUUCUUUUUAAUAGAUUUUAAAUUUAAAAGAACUUUGAUUAAUCUAAACUACCCGUCUAGUGUAUUUUUUGUUUAUUUCACUUACCUUAAAGCAAGUUUAUACGUGCCCAUAGGCAUUAUAAACUUAAGUUAAUGAAACAAGCGUUCGGAUAUAACCAAAGUUGUGCAAAGUCCUUUGAUUUGACCAGGUUAGGCACAAAGGUCAGUCUUAAAACGCGUGAUCACUCACGUGCAAAGCACUCGGUAAAUAACAAUGAACCACUGUCAAACACUUCUUCCCAUGCAUGUGGGAAAAUAGACCAAUCAGGUCCAACUGUUUUGUUUGCUUAUGCUUCCUGCCUGGGCUACAGGCUUCAUUGUGUUGCCGGUGAGCCAAAGUGAAGGACACUUCACAGCGAAAAAAUUGCUUAAAUUUGUAAUAUAUCUCUCACGAGGCAAUGCCUCCCGCCCGACGCCAACGCACAGCUGUACAACAACGCGCAGAGAAUGCAAAUCAGCCAUCGGUAAACGAUCUUCGACAACAAUGUCUAGAAAAAGGUUUAUCUGACCAUGGUCGUCGAAAUACGCUGGUCGCGAGACUGCAACAACAUGCUUCAACGUCGUCGACGAACAAUACCGCCACAGAAGCAGCGACAAUUGUUGAUAUUGCGAACAACAGCGAGCAAACACCACUCGUCGAGCGAAGAUCUGUGUCACACGAAAGCUCAAACGAAAACCCUCUGCUGAACGACGCUCAGUUGGCCCAAAUCCAAUCAAUCGUCGCGAAGACGGUCGAACAAUCGGUGAACGAUAUCGCAACAAACGCCGCUCGUGCUGCAGUACAAGCCAUGGCAACUGCGCCUUCGUCAGCGCCUACGAAUGAGCCACAACAAACCACGGGCACGGAGCUUUGCCCAGUGUUGAUAAACCACACCACGCCAAUCUCGACGCCAAGGUUCCAAACGUUCGAGCCCGAAGCGCCACAUUCCUCUUCGCAGAGUCUUCCCGCUAGUAAUCAUCUCCCAUACGGACAAUCUUUCCACGACCUACCGGCAUCGUACGUGAAGAAGAUCCAGUCGGGUGAGUUUUUUGAGCUGUCAAAACUUUUGCCAAAAAAUUUAUGCAAUACGGUAGAUGAACAGCCCGUUGUACUAACGGUCGAAAACUCUAUUGUUAAAGUUAAGCAGUCCACUCAGUCCACAACAAAUAUCACGGACAUUGAUAAGUGGACAACAGCCUUCACCACCUAUAUGAGCGUUUUCACGCAUCAAUUCCCUAACAGAGCCCAGGAAUUGUUGCAAUAUAUGACCAUUAUUCGCCAUGCUGCUCAUUGUCACAAAGGGGUGGGUUGGUGUAUUUACGACAUCAAGUUUCGUCGGAAGGCUGCACUUAACCUAUCCCUCAACUGGUCCGAAAUAGACCAGCAAUUAUGGUUGAUGACCUUUACAGUACCACCAGCCAGUCUUAGAGAGGAAUACCCUCUUUUCCAUAAAGGACCUCAACACUAUGCCACCCCGGGGACCGAACAAGGGGGCAUUUGCCGAGAUUUCAAUAGGAGCGGCGCUUGCAAACGAGCGCAGUGCAGGUACCGACAUAUCUGCAAUCGCUGUGACGGGGAACAUGCCGGUCUUUACUGUACAGAGAGCGAAAGUCUCCAACCAUAUAGAAAACAAGGAAAGGUCCAUUCAUCCAGCAGCCAGCGCCAUUCCAACCAAGACAAACGAUAGUAAUGUAGUUAGAUCACUAACACCUAUUUUUGUAGCUAAUUUAGAAGAUUCUCUAGCGGGACAUCCCGACCCAACGCUUGUUUCACAAUUAUGUUCAAAUUUAAAGGAUGGAGCCCGAAUAGGUUUUGAAGGGCAAAGGGCACCUAGAUUUUCAAAAAAUUUGCCCACUGCCCUUACCCAUCCAAAUAUUGUAACAUCAAAUUUGGAACAUGAGAUUUCCCUUGGCCGUGUGGCUGGUCCGUUCAAGACCCCACCUUUUUCUAAUUUCCAAGUCUCUCCUAUUGGCCUGGUACCAAAAAAGAAUUCGACAAAAUUUCGAACAAUUUUCCAUCUUUCUUUUCCAAAAUCAGGUGCAACAAGUAUUAAUGCAUCAAUUCCAAAGGAAGAUUUUAGUCUCCAUUAUGUGACAAUUGACAAUGCGAUUGAAGGUAUUAAGCGUUUCGGCCACGGCUGUUUUCUGGCUAAAACUGACAUUGAAUCCGCCUUUCGUCUCAUUCCCGUGCACCCGGACGACUAUGAGCUUCUUGGUAUGUAUUGGGAGGGGAAAUACUAUUAUGACAAAGUUUUACCUUUCGGCCUACGAAGUGCUCCAUAUCUGUUCAACCAACUUUCUGAUGCUAUUGAAUGGAUCUUACAAAAUAAGUGCAUGAUUUCAUUUGUAUGUCAUAUUUUGGAUGAUUUUCUUAUCAUGGAGCCACCAUCCCAACUGCCCCCACACUAUAGCACUUGCCAACAAAGUCUAACUGCCAUGAUGCUUACAUUUAAGAACCUUAACAUCCCAUUAGCCCCGGGCAAGACACAAGGUCCUGCAACUGUGUUAGAGUUUAUGGGCAUUAUCCUGGACAGCGUUCGAAUGGAAGCACGGCUGCCGGAUGACAAAAUUGAACGCCUCCGAGCAGUUUUCAACACAUUCCAAAAAAGGCGGUCAUGUACUUUGAAAGAACUUCAGUCACUUAUAGGUACCUUAAAUUUUGCAUGCAAGGUUAUCCCACCGGGUCGCCCUUAUUUACAAAGAAUGAUUGAAUUGACAAGAAACAUAAGACAGCCCCACCAUCACAUAAAGCUUAGUGCAGGCUUUUUUAAGGAUCUCGAGAUGUGGAAACAGUUUAUCGUUAACUGGAAUGGUGCCAGUUUUUUCUUGUCUUCUUCAUGGGAAAACUCUGAAUGCCUUCAGCUCCACACUGAUGCAUCGGGGGUGUUGGGCUACGGGGGGAUUUUCGGGGGGAAAUGGUUUCAAGGAAAAUGGGAACCUCAUCAACAAUUAGGACAGCCCGAGAUUAGUAUUGCUUGGCAAGAAUUGUUUGCCAUAGUAGUUGCAUGUCACAUAUGGGGGGAAGCCCUUCAAAACAGAAGGAUAAUCCUGAACUGUGAUAAUGAAUCAGUUGUCAACAUUAUUAAUUCCAAACGAUCGCGAAUUUCCCGGGUAAUGGAUCUUCUCCGUCAUCUCACACUGUUGACCUUAAAGUACAAUAUAUACCUUCGGGCCAAACACAUACCGGGAAAGUAUAAUGAGAUUGCUGAUUCCCUUUCUCGUUUCCAGUUUCAAAGGUUUCGACUCCUAAUGCCUCAAGCAGAUGUCAACCCUCAAAAAAUUCCAGUCCUUCUGUUGAAAAUCUAAAGAAUGACAUAGAAUAUUACAUUGAUUUGUCUGUGGCCGCCUCAACCAAACAGACAUACAGCGCUGGUGAGAAACGGUUUAUUGCUUUUGUAAAAUUAUAUCGACCCCAUGAAGGAAAGCACUUUCUACCAGCAAGUGAAGAAACACUCGUGCAAUUUUCAGCCUAUUUAGCCAAAACCAUCAAACACACAUCUAUAAAAAACUAUCUUGCAGCGGUUCGUCAUUUUCACAUACGAAAUGGUUUUUCGUUGGAUUGUCAAAAGAUGUCACGUCUCCAGCUGGUUCUUCGGGGUAUAAAACGUUCCCAAGGCGAUGAGAAAAGAGUGCGCCUUCCAAUAACAAUCCAUCAUUUAAAACUUUUUCACAUGAUGCUGGCAAUACCUGUCACAACACAUUUCGACUCAAUUAUGGUUUGGGCUGCCAUAACAUUGGCAUUUUUUGGCUUUCUGCGGCUUGGAGAGUUAACUUGUAACUCAAAAUUCAAUUCAGAUUCGCACCUCAUGCCUGAAGACGUUGUUUUUUCCAACGACCUACAACCAACCACUGCUAUGUCCAUACGGAUAAAAGAAUCCAAAACUGACCCCUUUCGGGUGGGACAUACCAUAAGUAUUGGAGGAACACACACACCUCUCUGCCCAGUGUUGGCCAUGAAACAGUAUUUAGCCAGAAGGCAGCCAAAAGCAGGGCCUCUGUUUGUAAAUUCUGCGGGUAAACCACUUACAAAACAGGCCCUAACACUUGAAACAAAAAAAUUACUCAGUCAAGCCGGAUUCAACGCUUCAAACUUUGCCGGUCAUAGCUACAGAAUCGGUGCUGCAACUACGGCAGCCACAGCGAAAUUACCUUCCUGGCUCAUAAAAACUUUGGGUCGGUGGUCCUCAGACUGUUAUGAACGAUAUAUACAACUUCCUUCGUCAACACUGUUGAAUGUCUCAGCCACACUCGCCAAUAUUUAAAAUUUAUCUCAAAAAAUUUCAGGGGGAGGGAGUUCGUCUAUGGGGAAUGUGCAUGCUGCUCAUUUGUGGGGAUGGAGUGCUCCCAUAGGUCACCCUCAUCCCAUAGACUCACAAAUCGAUGUACCAUACAUUAAAAAUGUUAGAUUGAAGUAUAUCAUGCCCAACAUGGGGACCCAGACCCCCUGAGGGCAUUAAUUGCAUUAGAGUCCAACAUGGGGACCCAAACCCCCUGAGGACCGCCCAACAUGGGGACCCAAACCCCCUGAGGGCAGUAAUUACACUAGAGUCCAACAUGGGGACCCAAACCCCCUGAGGAUUGCCCAACAUGGGGACCAAAACCCCCUGAGGGCAUUAAUUACACUAGAGUCCAACAUGGGGACCCAGACCCCCUGAGGACAGCCCAAUAUGGGGACCCAGACCCCCGAGGGCAUUAAUUAGAGUAACUGUGAGUCUGUGGGGCGACACUUUGACCAGUUGAAAGUAUAUAUUCGGAGCAUUUCUCCCCAACAACCCUUCUCCCACAACAUUGUGUGUGCUUUACUGUCUCAUAUAUAGCUCUCUUAAAUAUUAACUAACCGAAUUGAGGCAUUAAAUAACUAAAUAGCCAUGUUUUUGUUUACAAUUUGGCAUUUAAAUGCUCGCCAUUUUUUCUAGUACGCACGCAUGCGCAGACGUUUUUCCGCGGUGUUUUGUAUGGUUAUUAGUAAUUUUUAUUUCAACUUUUUAGCUUACAAACGAAAACAGAUAUUUCUGACUUGUGUAAUAUGAAAAUAAAAUGUUAAUGUUGAAAAUACUAAUAAUAAAAACACUAUUACGCUUUGUAUUAAUUCAGUGUUUCUUUAAAUUUGUUUUUGUUCUUAAAUCGGUAUGGAAACUUUUCAACUAGAAGUUUGAUUAUAAAAUAACCCGUAACUGAUGUAUUAGAUUUAGCAUAUGAAACAAUACAUGUGAAUUAAGUUAAAUGACAAGACUUACAUAAGUUUUUGCGAUAAUUCAACGCAAUCAACGGUUGAAGAGUUCAUUGAAGACAGUAGCUAUCAUUUCAGUCCGCGACACAACAAGCUGAAAAUAUUAAGCAUAGACAUAGUAUAAAAGACAGUGCUGAACUUAAAUACGUAAAAAUAUAGAUAAUAACGAUAAAAAGAUAGGUUAAUUAAAACAAGUUAAUUUAUAGCAUUCGUACUCUAUACGAAUCGUGAAAAUUUAGGAUUAUAAUGAAAAACUGGCGUUUUUUUUGGGGAGAAAAACGUCGAAAAUCUAGCUUCCCGCUGUUUGCACUUUGCAUUUUUACGGAGCCGGGAAGAUUCCAUCAUUCCACGCGAGGAUGACGUCUGAUCUAUAUAAAUUGUGUUUUAAACUGUACUAACUGUAAGGAUCCUAGUGAACUCUACAUAUACCGGAACGAUAACUCCGACUCUAAAAUUGAAGUCAAGAUGACGGAAAUUAAAGCUCGUCUUGUACCUUAAGCCCGACAUAAUUGUCGAGUACCAGAUUUUUGGGUAGAAAAUGUUUAAAGGAUUACUAGGAUUAGUACCACACAUGGUAUUGCGGAGUUUUGCUUUUUUGUAAGUUCUUAUCUUGCCCAAAAUCAUGUGACGUACUAUUCCAGCUGAUCACAAUACCUGCAUGAAUACGCAACGUAUAAAAAAUUGCGUCCAAAUGGUGUUUUAUAUUUACAUUUGCAGUAGGAACAUACGAAUGGUUUUUAAUUUAAACUGAUGCAUGUCCUUUUAUUUUAUUUUAUUUUAUUUUAACCUGAUAUCUUCGUAUUUUUCUUUUAGUUUCAGAAAAGAAAAAGAAAGGAAAUAAUAAUCUCAGCUAAAUCGACUUGAACAGAACAGUGGAGAGGUUCAGAUCUGUCACUGGCUUAGUACGCAUCUGAUUGGCUAAUCGCAUAGUUCAAAUACAUCUCAUUGGUUUAUUGUUCUAGCGGUAGCGGUUGUGGAAGUCAAUUGUGAACCUCCAUGAUAAGACAUCCUAGACCGGAAGGCUUAGAGAAAUAACCUUCAUUCAAUAUUAUUUUUGCACAAAACAUAUUUAAAUACACAUUAUUUAAUAGCAUGAUACACUGUAAAUUUCAUAGAUUUAAAUGAACUCCAAAUCUGUUAUUCUAUCACUCUUUUUGGAGACAGAAUAACACUUUAAUUAAUAUUGGGGUUGACUCAACUUCUAUAAUUGAAAUUUACAGUGUAGCAUCAUAAAUUAAGACGCACGCAUCAUAGGUAAUUUUCAAUUUAGUAAAAAUAACAAGACAAUGUUACACAUAUGUCACAUGGGGUUCCCCGGGGUUAAGGGCCGCGUUUUUUUAUUAGGCGUUCACUUUGGUUUUAGCAUACACUCUAACUCGUGUUUUUACUAUAUUAACAAGUUUAGUUAGUAUACCGGAUCAGUUGAAGACAUGGCGAAAGCAUAAAAUGCUGCAGGAAGCACGCUUUUUUGGAGAGCGCACAUUCUGAAAGCAAAUAUUUUUUUAAAUUUUUUUUACGAAACCUUAUUCAGAAGAUAACGUGUGGAAAGAGACGGGCGACCUCAUUGCACCACUCUCAAAACAAUAACUUGUCACCCAACAAACACCUGCAGAAAUGGGACCUUUGAAAUUUGCACGUCUUUCCUAAAAACAAUGCGAUCUUCAACUGUUUGAACGUAAUAUAAUAAUUAUUCCGAAGUAUAUUACGUGUUCAGUUAACAGUUCGCAAACACGGAAAUCGAUAUUUCUAGCUGAUUAUUUUUAGCGAAAUGGAGGAUUCGACAUGCAACGCGGCGCGAUUUUUCAGUUUUUGAAAGCUAAUAAAACAGCCAAUGAAAGGAAAUUUUAAAAGAUAUGUAUAUAGGCUAGUUUAUGAUUAAAAUGUUAUAUCGCCUUUAAAUAUUUGGAAAACAUAAACCAGGAUCAACGUAAAAAUAUCAGUGAGAAUCGAAAAAUCGCGUCGCGUUGUCGAAUCGCCUCCGGUGUGUCUCAGCCUUAAUGCGGCCCGAGUUAAAUUUUGGAAUUCUGGAAGGCCCGGUAAUAGUAAACUGUCAUAUUGCAGGAGGUUUUUGUGACAUCCAGAUUUAGAACUAUCAUGUCUAAUGUAGCAUUAUUCAAUUCAUCUAUUUAUAAAAGUUAUUUUAAUAUAGAGAGGUUCAGGUUUGACUCCUACCACUGCUACCACUAUACCCACUCUGUCUCACUGGCUUAGUCCGUAUCUGAUUAAUCGAAUAAUGAAACGGAUUUGACUGUUUGAUAGUCCAUUAAUGGUAGCGGUAGCGGUAGUGGAAGUCAAAUCUGAACCUCUGUAUUAAAGCGUUCAGUGUGAACGUGUGGCAAAAUUAAAUCAUGCCCACGAUGUUGAAGAUGUUAGGUGGAAGUUAGAUGGAAGCGGGUCAUAGAGAGGGUGGUCUUCAUUGUCUAUCAUGCUUCAUCACAGUUUUUGAUCGCUUCUCGGACUAAUACCUUGAAUUGGUACAUAUUUGGCAGUGUAUCCAGAUUUGACGACUCUCCUACAAAAUUUGCCGAUUUGACUGGCAUACAUAAAUAUAUCUUCGUAAUCACAUGCCCAUAUCUCAAGCAUAUAAAAAGU